UUUUUUUUUCUUUUUAUUCUUUUUUGGAAUAAAAUAAAAAAAUAAAAAUAAACGCGCUAUUAUUAAAAUAAAAAAAAAGGAAGGAAUGCGUCAACAAGGACGAACAGAAUAUUUACCUGGUACAACUGUAUUUGCAAAACUUAAAGGAUAUCCCUGGUGGCCAGCAAGGAUUGAAGCGGACGGAACUGUACCUGCUAAAGUAUUAAAACAAAAGUCUAGAACAAAAGGUGCUCUUUACACCGUGUUUUUCUUUGGUUCUAGAGACUAUGGUUUCUUUGGACCAGAUGCUAUUCGACCUUUUGAUGCCAAGGAUGUUGAAAACGAUUUAAAGGAAAAGAAGUUUAAAACAAAGGAUUUGGAAUUGGCUGUUCGUCAAGCAUUAAACCCUUCUCUGUUAACACAAGAAGAAGAGGAAGAGGAAAGGGAAGAGGAAGAAGAAGAGGAGGAAGAAGUAAAAGAGGUACGAAAGAAGGUAGCAAAGACGACAAAGAAAGCAACACAGAAAAAAAAGGAUACAUCACUACCACCACCGCCAACAUUAACAACAACAACAACAACAAAUGCAACAACAAAGAGACGAAGUCGUAAUUUACAUCUUGAAGACAUGGAAGAUGACACUGGUGCACUUGACAAUCAGAAAAAGAGACGCAAGUCCAUGUCGAUUGAAAAGGAAGAUGAAGGCCGUGAUUCACCCAUGGUGGAAAGCAGUAGUCAUAAAGAGGAGUACAAAAAGUCUCCGGAAUAUAAAAAGGUAUACCACAUCAGACACAGAUUACAGCGUCUGGUAUAUAACAAGAAAGAGGGUGAGAUUCCAAAGGAAGACUAUGCCAAAAUCCUGCAAGUCGUCAAGGAAAUUGAGGAGGCACCCAUGACAUAUAACCUCUUAAAAGAUACCAAGAUUGGCAAAGUUGUCAAGGCAGCCUGUUUAUAUCCCUUUGAAGACGAUACAACCAUUAAGGAUCGCUGUCACCAACUAAUGAGAAACUGGAAGCAAAUCUUUAUCACACCCCAAACUGACAACAAGGAUACAACAAUGAUGGAAUCAUAAUAAAUAAAAUAAAAAUAAAAA